ACAGGAACCAGGCCCAUCUUCCCUUUGACCCCAAACCUUCAACGAAAGUGAAAGAAACAAGAGUCUCAAAUCUAGAGAAUGACGUCUCCUCACCCUUCGUCCACUCGCAAAAUUUCACACUAGAACGUGAAAGGAAUGCAUCUAAAAUGAGACCCCCGCAUUUUAAAUUCAUUAAUCCCCAUCCCUUCAGGUACGUAUUAACUCUUCCAGAUUAGAGUUAUUAUUAUUUAGAAAAAUUCCCCAAGGACCCAAAAUAUGGGACCAACAGAGGGACAUGUGAAAUGUUUCCCUUAUUGGUCGCAUAUUUUGGAUCCAUAUAGCAAAUCUCUAUUAUUUAACUCCUCAUUAUCCUUACUCUUACCCUUACUCUUAACACACACACUGACACACACACACCCUCUCCUCCUUUAAAAGCCUCAGCUCCCUCCCCUUCCCUCCAUUCAAAUUCAACUCAACAUUUCACUCCAAAUGGCCUCCAACUCUUUAACCAAAUACGCCCAUUUAGUCCUCUUCCUUCUCCAUGUCCUCUCCUCGGCGAACUCUGCCUCAGUUCCGGCCAUUUAUGCGUUCGGAGACUCGCUGGCCGAUGUCGGCAACAACGACUACUUGAAGCUCUCGGUGCUCAAGGCUGAUUUUCCUCACAACGGGGUUGACUAUCCUGGCGGCAAAGCCACAGGGAGGUUUAGCAACGGCAAGAACUCUGCAGAUUUUCUCGCGGAUAAAGUUGGUGUUCCAACCUCCCCACCUUACCUCUCUAUACCGUCAAACUCCAACAGGACCCAAGCGUUUCUCUCUGGUGUCAGCUUUGCCUCUGGCGGCGCUGGGGUCCUGGAUUCCACAAAUUCAGGACAAUGCCUCACAUUCAACAAGCAAAUAGACUACUUCACUACGGUAUACACUGAGCUGGUGCAGGAAUUGGGCAGCGCGCAAGCCCAAGAUCACCUAUCAAAGUCCAUAUUCUCCUUUAUAAUUGGAAGCAAUGAUAUACUUUCUUACAUAAGGUCGAGUGACGGGAUGACACCUCAGCAGCUUGUGGAUUCUAUGAUCACUACACUAAGAGGUCAACUGAAGACUAUUUACAAUCUUGGUGCACGGAAAUUUGCAUUUGUGGGCACAGGACCAAUUGGCUGCUGCCCAUCACUACGGCGUAAAAAUGGGUCUGAUUCCUGCAAUUCCUUAGCAAAUAGUAUCUCCCUUCUCUAUGCUCAAGGUUCUGCCUCAUUACUGAAAGAUAUGCAAUCAGAACUUAGCGGAUUCAACUACUCUUUCUUCAACUCCACCAUCACACUGCUUCAAUACCUUCAAGAUCCAUCCAACUACGGAUUUACUGAAGUUAAGGCUGCAUGCUGUGGACUGGGAAAUCUCAAUGCUAAGGUUGCUUGCCUCCCAGUAUCCAAAUUGUGUCAGAAGAGGUCAGACUUUGUAUUUUGGGACCUAUUCCAUCCUACGGAGAAAACCGCUGGAUUGCUUGCAGACACUAUAUUUGACGGAUCAUCACCAUUUGUGUACCCAAUUAAUGUAAAACAGUUGAGUAACCUUUGAAAUAAGCUUUUUUUUCUUUUCUUUUCUUUUCUUUGUUACAUAGGCCCAAAGAACUUGGGCAGUAUAGAGGUUGUCAACAAGUAUAGUGACAAAGAUGUGAUGUACAUCAAAAAUGUUCUCAGAAAUGAAAUUAUCUCAGAAAGUAUCGAUAACUACCCAAGUUUAAGGGUGUAUU